UUCCAUCACUAAUUUCUCAGAUUAAGUAAUCGAGUUUCGGAGUUUCAGGUAACCAAGCACUAACGGCGAUACCAACCAGGCGACCACCAUUGAAUGGGCUUCGCGCGCAUUCUUAGUUCUUACGGUUCAUGCCCGCCUCAUCGAUUCCGUUCUCCCUAGUUUCUCUCUGGAUUUCCUGCUAAUUUAAUUAGUGUUUAAAUCUGUUGAAUUUCGUUAUCGUUGGUAGUUUGUCUGAUCGGGAAUGGCAGUCACGGCUGCAUCUCUCAUCAAUGGCGAGAGAGCAGUCGUUCUGCUCUUCAUGUCUUGCCUUCUCAUCUAUACUCCCCCCUCACUCUUUUUCCAAGGCUUUGCCCUUUCUCUCCUCGCUUUCGCCGGAUUAUUUGUUGAGAUCUCCGCCGAGAAUUCUACCUCCUUGAACCGCUUCAGAACCCGGCCGGGCGCUUCAUCAGGAAUACUGCUGGGAGCGGUUACACUGCCUGCCGUCAUGCUUUCUCGUUUGAUACAGCUCUCAAGAGCACUCUCCACACAUAAUAUAGGAAUUGAAGAAGUGGGUGAUCUCAAUGUGCAAUAUUGGACUGUUUCUUCUAGCUGCCUUGGCGUGCUUGUUUUCCUUUGCUCAAUCAUAUGGCAUUCAACCACGAAUAGUUCUUUUCCUUGGUGUAGUGUUCGAGAGGCCAAGUUUAACUUCAUUUUUAUACUCUUUUAUUCAGCAUUGUGCUCUCUGUCUCUUGCUUCAAAUUCUUCUAUCGGAUUCAAUGUAGCAGUGAAGUUGUUGUGGGUACUUUGUCAUGGGUUCGCAGCGGUGAGAUUGAUUCAGCAUAUUCUUCAUACCUUUCCAUCAUGUGCUUCAAUUGGUGAGGCACUUUUGGUGACUUCUGGUCUUGUUUUCUAUUUUGGUGACAUGUUCGCAUGUACUCUUGUUAAGAUGGAUGCAUAUUUAACUUCAUCAAGUUUAGCUUCUGCACGAUAUGGAAGUAGAAGAAGUGAGAUAAGCACCAUCAUUCAGGGAAUGCUAGCUGGCCUUGUUGUUUUCCCCAUGUUUUUUAAGUCUGUUCUUCGAAUUUGGGCACGCUUAACAGACAUGGUCAACUCUGAAGCUUGUGCAACUGAAGAAAGAACAUCCCUAGGGAUUGAGAGAUCUUUUAUUUUCUAUGCCUCUCUGGCAGUUACCUUGAUUGUGAUUGCUCCUGCAUGGAUACAAUUUGUUCAGAAUUUCCUUGUGCACCCAUUAUUAUGGGUUUUCAAUUUUGUUUUUACAGAUCCACUUAAAAUACUUCCCUUAUGUUUCUACUGGAUUGGUGUCAUUGUUGUGUCGGUUUUCCGGUUUUACCAUAUUUCUAAGAACAGCAAAAUUGAGAGGAUUCUUCUUCGAAAAUACUACCAUCUGGUGGCAGUGCUAAUGUUUGUGCCAGCUUUUAUUUUCCAGCCAAUUUUUAUUGAUCUAGCAUUUGGUGUGGCUUUGGCCGUCUUCUUGGCAUUAGAAAUUAUUCGAGUAUGGAAAAUUUGGCCUUUGUGGCGACUGGUACAUCAGUUCAUGAAUGCCUUUACAGACCAUCGUGAUUCAGAUAUCCUUAUUGUUAGCCAUUUUUCUCUCUUGUUGGGCUGCGCUCUUCCUAAGUGGAUGUCUUCGGGGUUCAAUGAUCGACCACUCGCCCCAUUUGCUGGAAUUUUAAGUUUAGGUAUUGGCGAUACAAUGGCAUCGAUGGUUGGCCACAAGUAUGGUGUCCUUAGGUGGAGCAAAACUGGGAAGAAAACUGUUGAAGGUACUGCAGCUGGUAUAACAUCUGUGCUGGCAGCAUGCUCUGUUCUUCUUCCACUUCUAGCAUCAACUGGCUAUAUACUUUCCGAGCAUUGGUUCUCCUUGCUCCUAGCUGUCACGGUCAGUGGAUUGUUGGAGGCCUACACAGCCCAGCUUGACAAUGCCUUCAUUCCUCUGGUGUUCUACAGCCUUCUUUGUUUGUGAAGCCCUUCUCUCUAACCUUGUAUAUCUGACACAUAAUAUUGCCCUUAGUCAAUACCCUGAUAUAGCGGGGAGCAUUUUUAUUCUAUGUAGUGUGCUUCAUUAAGCACUAGUACUGUACAUAAUACUACUAACUAGAUCGUGAUCCAAGUUGAUCUGGAGAACCUAGGGAGUGUAGGGUGAAGAUAACAAGAAUGAUACCGAUUACCGAGACAGAAAAUAGGCAAAAUAAAAGAAAUCUUCCUCAUACAACAGGCUGUUUUAAAUAGGAGAUUGUUCAGGCCAAGGCGAGCAUCAUCACAUAUUAUCCUGAUUGGGAAACGGGUGACUGAUGUUGGGAGUACAAGUUCUGGUUGAGAUAGGAAGCCCUCACAAUGGCAUUCCUGGUGAAGCGAAUCACCUUUUACAGUUCCCCGCCACUUCUUGAGCUGCUGUUGAAACAUAAGAGCAUUUUUGAUACAGUGUCGUAGUUGUACUCUAUACUUACAUUGCAGAGGUUAAUCCGUCACAUGGACUUUUAUCAUCAAAGGGGUAAUUUUAUAAAUGUCAUUGAAUCUUUUGACUAUAGGGGUAAUUAAUGAUUGAAUCUAGCUUAUUGAUGUCA